AAGCGGCUCUGCGCAUGCCCACAAUCUUGAGCCUUUGCCACUACUGGGGGGGAAAUAUUGAAUAGAGGGUACAAGUCUGUUGAUAUCCGCUUCUCCUGAAAUGUUGAAUACAAGUUCUACACUGUAGUACGAAAACAUGAUCCUGUCUGCUGCUAUAAAAACAUUAUAGACAAUACGAACUGCUCGCCUCUGUUAUAUCUUUUCGUGCUAUGGUAGUUUAUUUCAGCAGAACUCGACAGAACACCGGAAACACUCUGCUAUACUCGGUGGCUACGUAACGACAGCUAGCUUAUUCUGUUGCCUGCAUCUUCCUCCCCACCGGGCAAAGCCUGCCAAACACAAGCAGCUGCAUUUACCGGCUCAUUUUAAGUCAUUUGCCCUGUUUGUGUUAAAUAUUAAAGUAAUGUAGAAUGGCGUCGUGCUUUGGGAAGAUUGUCGUCGGUACUUAUGUGGAGAUAAAGCGCAGUGAUGGACGUAUACACCAGGCGAUGGUGACCUCUUUGAAUGAGGACAACGAGAGCGUCACAGUGGAGUGGAUAGAAAAUGGAGACACCAAAGGAAAAGAGAUUGACUUGGAGAGUAUAUUUGCACUUAACCCAGAUGUGGCUCCAGAUGAAGAAAUUGCCCCUAGUCCAGAGACCCCACCCCCACCUACACCUGCAUCUGUGAAGGUCAACAAAAUAGCAAAGAACCGUCGAACGAUAGCACCUGUUAAGAAUGACACUCCGUCCAGGGAUAACAGAGGUAUCCCGACUCGGGCUAGACCCACACAGCCCCAACAAACGGAGCCUGCACCCCCGCCUCCACCCCAGCAGCCUGCACCUCCCACUCAAGCUCAGACACAACAGCAACUGCAGAAUGCGAGGAGGAAGUCAAACUGUGUGAAGGAGGUGGAGAAACUGCAGGAGAAGAGAGAAAGGCGUCGGAUUCAGCAACAGGAGCUCAGGGAGAAGAGAGCUCAGGAGGUGGACACCACCAUCCCUAACUAUGAGAUCAUGUACAUGAUCCGGGAUUUCCGAGCCAGUCUAGACUACCGGCCUCUGACCACAGCAGAUCUGAUUGAAGAGCACAGAAUAUGUGUUUGUGUAAGGAAACGUCCCCUCAACAAGAAAGAGUUGACGGUGAAGGAUUUGGAUGUGAUCACCAUCCCCAGUAAGGAUGUGGUGAUGGUUCAUGAACCUAAACAAAAAGUUGACCUCACCCGCUACCUGGAGAACCAGACCUUCCGCUUUGACUACGCCUUCGAUGACAGCACCACAAACGAGAUGGUUUACAGGUUCACUGCCAGACCUUUGGUGGAGACCAUUUUUGAGAGGGGCAUGGCUACGUGCUUUGCUUAUGGACAGACAGGCAGUGGAAAAACACACACUAUGGGUGGGGAUUUCUCUGGGAAGAACCAAGACUGCUCUAAAGGAAUUUAUGCAUUAGCUGCUCGGGAUGUAUUUCUCAUGUUGAAAAAACCCAACUACAAGAAGUUAGAUCUACAAGUGUACGCAACUUUCUUUGAAAUCUACAGCGGGAAGGUGUUUGACCUACUGAAUCGUAAAACUAAGCUGAGGGUCCUGGAGGACGGCAAACAGCAGGUGCAGGUUGUUGGGCUUCAGGAGAAGGAUGUCAAAUGUACAGAGGAAGUGCUGAAACUCAUAGAAGUGGGCAACAGCUGCAGAACAUCGGGGCAGACGUCAGCCAAUGCCCAUUCAUCCCGCAGCCAUGCUGUAUUCCAGAUCAUUCUUCGGAGGAAGGGCAAAAUGCACGGCAAGUUCUCACUUAUUGACCUUGCAGGGAAUGAGAGAGGGGCUGACACGUCGAGUGCCGACCGCCAAACUCGUCUGGAGGGAGCUGAAAUCAACAAAAGCCUGCUGGCACUGAAGGAGUGUAUCCGGGCUCUUGGCCGUAACAAACCUCACACGCCAUUCAGAGCCAGCAAGCUCACCCAGGUCCUCAGAGACUCCUUCAUUGGAGAAAAUUCACGCACUUGCAUGAUUGCAACAAUCUCUCCCGGUAUGACAUCCUGUGAGAACACCCUCAACACACUACGCUACGCCAACAGGGUGAAGGAGCUGACAGUGGACCCCAACCAAAUGAUGGAGGGUGGUCGACCAAACAUCCACACAGUCAACCAGCUAGAACUUUUGGACGAGGACUGGCUGAGUAUCUCACCGCAGAGAGAUGACCUUAAACUGCUCUGUGAGCAGAAUGAGGAGGAAGUGUCCCCCCAACUUUUUACCUUCCAUGAGGCAGUGUCUCAGCUAGUGGAGAUGGAAGAACAGGUUCUAGAGGACCACCGAGCCGUUUUCCAGGAGUCCAUCCGAUGGCUGGAAGAUGAAAAAGUGCUGCUGGAGAUGACUGAGGAGGUGGAUUAUGACGUGGAGUCGUACGCCACUCAACUGGAGCAGAUCCUAGACCAGAAAAUAGAUAUUCUCACUGAGCUUCGAGAUAAAGUGAAGUCAUUCCGCUCUACUCUCCAGGAGGAGGAGCAGGCCAGUAAGCAGAUCAAUCCCAAGAGGCCGCGUGCUCUGUAGAGACUGGAAGCUGAAGAGGUGCAAGUGGCAUAUACGACAACAUAACCACUAGAUGUUUGGCACAACAUGGGCUGUCACCAUUAGCUGUAAAAACACAAAUAAAGACUGUCUGAUGUACCAACAGGCUCAAGGAACUGCAUCUGUAAUGAACCCUCUCCUAACAAAACUGGCUGUUCACUCACUAUGGUCUUGUUAGAAAACUUGGAAGGAAAAUAGUCUUAUUUCCUUUCCUUUUAGUAGAUUGUUUUUUAUGGAGAAUAUUAAUUCUCCCAUCUCUUUUCUUCUUAAAUUAUUUUCUUUUAUACUUGUUUGUACUUUCUUUGAACUGAUUUUUUUUGACCUGGUUUCAAAAGAGAGCUUCAAUGAACAUGUUUUAACGUUUACCGCACAAGACCAGCGUUUGAUUUCUGGUUGCUCUGGCUGAAAUGUCUGCAUGUGCAUUAUGUAAUAGUGUAUGUAUGCCACUGUCCUCAGUGUUCUCAUGCUUUUAGGUCCUCAGUUGUCAUUGUAAAAUCAUAACUCACUACAAACUGUCAUUUUUCCUUCCUUCUCUGAGCAUUUUUCUGUUUGGAGGAAGCCUUUAACCGCGUUGUUCCUUUUCUUGUGCUCCUGGGAGGUUUUUACAUGUAGUUUGCUUCUGUUUGUGCCAUGUUACUCUAUGUGGCUACUGACUUAAAAAAAACUCUGACUUAAUGUAAAACGUUUUUUCACCCCUGUUUAACACUUUGUUAUAAAAAUGAAACUAGAAAAUCUGCUAUUAAUAAAUGUAUAGUGAAGACCACUGACCUACAAUUGGUUACGUUGCUCAGUGUUUGCACCGGAUGUAAUGCUGGAUGAAGUAAUAAAGAAUCAUGUGUUUCAUUUGAA